AUGCCGAUGUUUCAGCCGUUGAGGAGAGACGGGCUAAUUGGAUUCGAAGGCGGUGGAGCUGGGCAAGUCCUAGAUCUGGACACGGCGGUGAAAGACGGACUCCUCGGCGGCGUUAACGGCGGCGGCGGAGUAGUCGACGAGAAAUUAGAUCUGAAGCAGAUGAUAAAGGAGCUGGAUUUACCGGAAAUCCCCUCUGUUUUCAUCUGCCCAAUCUCGCUGGAGCCGAUGCAAGAUCCUGUGACCCUGUGCACGGGUCAAACCUACGAGCGGUCAAACAUUCACAAAUGGUUUAACCUCGGCCACUUGACUUGCCCGACGACAAUGCAGGAGCUUUGGGACGACGCGGUGACUCCAAACAAAACCCUCCACCAUUUGAUCUACACUUGGUUCUCUCAGAAGUAUGUGCUGAUGAAGAAACGAUCCGAGGACGUUCAGGGAAGAGCGAUUGAGAUUCUGGGAACGUUGAAGAAAGCGAAAGGACAAGCUCGGGUUCACGCGUUGAGCGAGCUGAAGCAGAUCGUCGUGGCGCAUUCGAUGGCGAGGAAGACUGUUGUGGAAGAAGGUGGCGUCUCUGUGAUCUCUUCUCUCUUAGGUCCGUUCACUUCCCACGCCGUUGGAUCUGAGGCGGUUGCGAUUCUGGUGAGCCUUGAUCUUGAUUCGGAUUCGAAAUCCGGGCUGAUGCAGCCGGCGAAGGUCUCGCUGAUUGUUGACAUGUUGAAUGAUGGAUCGAACGAGACGAAGAUCAAUUGCGCGAAGCUUAUUCGAGGGUUGGUGGAGGAGAAAGGGUUUAGAGCGGAGCUGGUUUCGAGUCAUAGCUUGCUCGUUGGGUUGAUGAGGUUGGUUAAGGAUAAGAGACAUAGGAACGGAGUCUCGCCUGCGCUUGGUUUGCUUAAACCGAUCUCGGUUCAUAAGCAAGUUCGAAGCUUGAUGGUUAGGGUUGGAGCAGUGCCUCAGUUAGUGGAUAUUUUACCGUCUUUGGACCCUGAGUGUUUGGAGUUGGCUCUGUUUGUGAUUGAUGCGUUGUGUUCGGAUGUUGAAGGAAGAGUCGCUGUGAAAGACUCUGCGAAUACUAUACCGUAUACGGUUAAGGUGCUGAUGAGAGUCUCUGAGAGUUGCACGAACCAUGCGCUUUCGAUUCUUUGGUCUGUGUGUAAGUUGGCUCCGGAGGAAUGUUCUCCUCGUGCUGUUGAGGUUGGUUUGGCUGCGAAGCUCUUGCUUGUGAUUCAGAGCGGGUGUGAUCCGGCGUUGAAGCAGCGGUCUGCGGAGCUGCUGAAGCUGUGUAGUCUACAUUAUUCGGAUACCAUGUUUAUCUCCAAAUGCAAACUCACAAGGACGAUCCAAUAG